ACAAAAUUUAAAAAACACUUUUGAAGAUAUUAAUUAUAAUUUGCAAAAUGGCAACUACUAAAUCUUUUUUAAUUUUAAUUUUUAUGAUAUUAGCAACUACUAGUUCAACAUUUGCUACAGAAGAAAUGGUGACUGUUCUUAGUAUUGAUGGAGGUGCAAUAAGGGGAAUCAUUCCAGGUGUCAUUCUUAGAUAUCUCGAAGCAGAACUUCAGAGAAUUGACAAUAAUACAGAUGCAAGAGUGGCUGAUUACUUUGAUCUAAUUGGAGGAACAAGUACUGGAGGAUUAGUGACUGCUAUGUUAACUACUCCAAAUGAAAACAAUAGACCCUUUGCUGCUGCCAAUGAAAUAGUACCUUUUUACUUCGAACAUGGCCCAAAGAUUUUUGAACCUAGUGGUAAUCCACUUUUUGGCCCACAAUAUAAUGGAACAUAUCUUAUGCAAGUUAUUCAAGAAAAAGUUGGAGAAACUUUUUUGAAUCAAACUUUGACAGAAGUUGUCAUCUCAAGCUUUGACAUCCAAACAAAUAAGCCAGUAAUAUUCACUAAGUCAAGUUUAGCGAAAUCUCCAGAAUUGAACGCUAAGAUGUAUGACAUAUGUUAUUCCACAGCAGCAGCUCCAACAUAUUUUGCUCCACUUGGAUUUAAUACUAGUCAUAAUGGAGAUCAAUAUAGGUUCAAUCUUGUUGAUGGUGGUGUUGCUACUGUUGGUGAUCCGGCGUUAUUAUCAGUUAGCGUUGCUACGAAACUUGCAGAAGAGGAUCCAGCAUUUUCUUCAAUUAGGUCAUUGAAUUUCAAAAGAAUGUUGUUGCUCUCAUUAGGCACUGGCACUACAUCAGAUUUUGAUAAAACAUAUACAGCAGAACAGGCAGCUACAUGGGGUAUUUUACAAUGGGGAUCAGCUAUACAAGCAAUGACUGGUGCAGCAAGUUCGUACAUGACUGAUUAUUAUCUUUCUACUGUUUUUCAAGCUCUUGAUUCACAAGACAAUUACCUCAGGGUCCAAGACAAUGCAUUAACAGGCACAACUACUGCAUGGGAUGAUGCUUCUAUGGCUAAUAUGCUAUUAUUAGAACAAGUUGGUGAAAACUUACUGAAGAAACAAGUUUCCAAUGAUGAAACCUAUGAGCAAGCUCUGACUAGGUUUGCAGAAAAGCUCUCUGCUCAGAAGAAACUUCGAGAAAACAAAGCGUCUUAUUAGUUCAAAGGUCUUAUUAUUACUAUGCUUAAAUAAAUAAUAAGUGCUUGCAAAGUUUACGUGGGAUAAAUUUCAAUAGAAAUGUCUCUCUAUGUAAUGGAUUAUGUAACCUUUUGGUUGUGUUAGAUGUUCGAAUAAAUUAUCGCGAUUUUGUGUUA